AUGGAACAACAGUCAAACAAGGCUCAUAGAGGAGCCACCAAGAAAACAGGAGCAAAAAAGAAACUACAUCAAAAUGGUCAGAAUAAAAAGGCAUUUGCCGUAGCGGCACCUCGGAAAUUGGAACGAAUGGCAAGACGAUCACACGAUGUCAAUGAACGUAAAUUGCAUGUACCUAUGGUUGAUCGUACCCCUGAUGAUGAUCCUCCACCAGUAAUAGUUGCCGUUGUUGGGCCACCAGGUACCGGAAAAUCAACCUUGAUCAAAUCAUUGAUCAGACGAUUGACCAAGACUACUUUAACUGAAAUUAAAGGACCAAUAACCGUUGUCAGUGGGAAAAGAAGACGAUUGACAUUUAUUGAAGUCAAUAAUGACUUGAAUUCCAUGAUUGAUGUAGCCAAGAUUGCUGAUUUAGUACUUCUUUUAAUUGAUGGAAAUUAUGGAUUAGAAAUGGAAACAAUGGAGUUUUUAAACAUUGCACAACAUCAUGGUAUGCCUAGAGUAUUGGGGGUGGCCACUCACUUGGACCUUUUCAAAUCGCAGUCUACUUUAAGAACAUCGAAAAAGAGAUUAAAACAUAGAUUUUGGACUGAAGUUUAUCAAGGUGCCAAAUUAUUUUAUCUUUCCGGAGUCAUCAAUGGGCGAUACCCUGAUAGAGAAAUUUUGAAUUUGAGCAGGUUCAUAUCGGUGAUGAAGUUUAGACCAUUAAAGUGGAGAAAUGAACACCCUUAUUUGUUGGGUGAUCGAAUUACUGAUUUAACACAUCCGCAAUUGAUUGCUGAAAAUCCCAAAUGUGAUCGAAAAGUGGCAAUUUAUGGAUAUCUUCAUGGUACACCAUUACCCUAUCAAGAUGCCAAUGUACACAUUGCUGGAGUUGGCGAUUACAUUGUGUCAUCAGUGGAGAAGUUGCCCGACCCUUGUCCCACACCAUAUUACGAACAACGAUUGGAGGAAUUGGAAAGAGAGAGGAUCAAAGCUGCAGCUGCACUGGGCGAACCAUUGGCCAAGACUACCAGAAGAAGGAAAAGAUUAGAAGAUAAGCAAAAGAUUAUUUAUGCUCCAAUGUCUGAUGUUGGUGGGGUUCUUGUUGACAAAGAUGCCGUGUAUAUUGAUGUUGGUGAUAAAGAAAGUUUCAAUGCCAAUGGUGAUGAUGGAGAAAUCAAAGGAGAAGGAGAAACUAUGGUUACAAAUUUACAAGAUGUUGCCAAAACCAUGGCUGAGCGAUUUGAAGAAGGCCCUGGAUUGCAAUUGUUUUCAAAUUCAAGUGCUUUGCGGAAUGAGGUGUCACAAGACGCGGAAGAGAGUGAAGAAGAACAUGGACUUUUGUCUGAUGUAGAAGAUGACGAAGAAACCAUUGUUGAUACUGGAAGGACAUCAAUGAGAAAAGCAAGAGUUUACGGGAAAUCAGUGUCGGAAGAUGAUGAAUUUGAUGAUGCUGAGUCCAACGACGACGAUGAGGAUGACUACGAAGAAGAUCAAAGAAAAGCCAGAUUGGUCGAAGUUGAUUUUGAUAACAAGUAUAAUGACAAAGAAUUGGAAUAUGUUGAAGAUUCAGCACUUUCUUCCGAUGAAGAUGACAAUGACAAUCUGUACAAAUCAGCGGCUUCCAGAUUGAAAGGGUCUAGCAAGAGGAAAUGGGAUAUCAACAAAUUGAUCUACAUGACAAAUAUUGACCCUGUUGAUGCCAUCAAAAGAUGGAUGGGUGAAGUUGAUGAUGACGACGAAGAGGAAGAAGAGGAUAUUGAACAAGAAGAAGAGGAUUUCUUCAAAAAGAAGGAUGUAAAGGAGUUGAGCGAGGAUUUGGAUAAUUCAAAGCCAAUGUUUCCACCUGUUGAGCAAUUGAGAAAGAGGUUUUCAGCAGACAAUGUUGAUGAUAGUGAUGAGGAGUACGAGAAUGGGUACGCUAUUUUGAAAAAAAGAUUGUUGACCGCUCCAAAAUUGAAUGAUGGUGAAGAAGAACAAAAUGAUGGAGCAGAUGAUGUUGGUGAAGGCGACGACGAUGAAGAAUUGUAUGGCGAUUUUGAAGACUUAGAAGCUGAAGAAGGAGGUCAGUCAAAUGGAAAGGUAAAUACCAGUGAUGGGAAAGAAGAAACAGAAGAUGAUGAUGAAGAUGAUGAAGGUGACGAUUUUGCCGACUUUGAUGCCGAAGAACGCGCUGAAGGAGAAGACAAUGCACUCAUUGAAGAUGAAAACCUCACAGUUGAACAGAAACGUCAAUUAAACGCUGCCAAAAAGGCUAAAUUGAAAACCCAAUUUGAAGAAGAAGAAGAUCGUGAAUUUGGAGCUGAUGAUCCCGAAGGUGACACUGAGGCUGAAACAUGGUACGAGUUUCAAAAGAACAAGAUGGCCAAGCAAUUGGAAAUCAACAAGGCUCAAUAUGAAGAAAUGGAUCAACAGCAAAGGAUCAAAAUUGAAGGAUAUCGUGCCGGUUCCUAUGUAAAAAUUGUGUUUAAUUCAUUGCCCUGUGAAUUUGUGGAAAAUUUCACGCCCGAGUAUCCUUUAGUUCUUGGUGGGUUACUAGCCACUGAAAUGAGAUUUGGUAUCAUGAAUUCAAGAAUUAGAAGACAUAGAUGGCACAAGAAAAUUUUGAAAUCACAAGAUCCAUUGAUUUUGUCAUUAGGUUGGCGUCGAUUCCAAACUUUACCCAUAUACACGACAUCAGAUUCACGAACUAGAAAUAGAAUGUUGAAAUAUACUCCUGAACAUGCAUAUUGCUUUGCAUCAUUUUACGGUCCCUUGGUGGCUCCCAACACGACAUUUGUUGGGUUCAACAUUGUUGACAAUAAAUCAACCACAGGAUCGUUUAGAGUAGCAGCCACUGGUAUUGUUGAAGAUGUCAAUUCAUCAGUUGAGAUUGUGAAAAAAUUGAAAUUGGUUGGUCACCCAUACAAGAUUUAUCGAAACACUGCAUUUAUCAAGGAUAUGUUUUCCAAUGCUUUGGAAGUGGCUAAAUUCGAAGGAGCCCAAAUUAGGACAGUUAGUGGUAUUCGAGGAGAGAUCAAACGAGCAUUAUCGAAGCCAGAGGGGUGUUUUCGAGCCACUUUUGAAGACAAGAUUUUGAUGUCGGAUACGAUCUUCCUCAAGACAUGGUACCCCAUCAAAAUCAAGAAAUUCUACAACCCCGUCACAUCGUUGUUACUUAAUCAUCAUUCUGAAUGGAAAGGUAUGCGAUUGACAGGACAAGUGCGUGCUGAAAACAAUAUCCCUACUCCAUUACAAGAUGACUCACAAUACAAGAAAAUCGAAAGAGUAGAGAGACAUUUCAAUCCAUUGAGAGUGCCGAAAUCGAUUCAAGCUGAUUUACCAUUCAAGUCACAAAUCCAUAAAAUGAAACCACAAAAGAAACAAAGUUAUAUGAAUAAACGAGCUGUUGUAUUGGGUGGUGAAGAAAAGAAGGCAAGAGAUUUGAUGCAAAAGAUUGCCACUAUUCGUAAGGAAAAGGAUGUUAAGCGGAAAACCAAAAAGGAUGAAAAGUUUAAAGAAAAAUUGAAGAAAAUUGUCAAAAAUGAGGAGUUGAGAAAGGAGAAGGAAAAAGAGAGAAAGAAGGAGUAUUUUGCCAAGGAAGGUAAAAAGAGAAGACUUGGUUCAGAAGAGGGUAAUGGAGGAGGAGGUAAAAGAAGAAGAUAA